AUAAAAUUUACAUGUAAAAUCUUUACCAAGCUCAGCUUUUAAUAUAGUUAUUCCAUAUAGAAAAACACCGUAUAUCGGGCCUAUACAACAACGCCGCGCAGAAGAUCACCCCUCUUUUUCUUCUCCCUCUCGCUGUUCCGAAGUGCAAUAUGAAUUGAACACUACCAGAAUCAUACUCCAAAUUAGCCCUAAACCCUGAUUUUAACUUUGCCAAAAAGUUGUUAAUUACCCCCAAUGUAACAUAUAUACAAAAAGACACCUUCGCGAACCCUAGAAGUGAAUGUUCUAAUUCCACAUUUCAGUGAGUCUUCUCAUCGUAAAUGUAAUUAUUCACCCAACAGGCGAUAAUUUUAUUCAUGUAUAGGUUGUGGGAUCAAAUGUAGAAUGGUUCAUGUAUGGAAGAUAUGCAUUGGAGAAACAUGGAUAUAGGUUUGGGGGGUGGAAGUGUGGGAGAUGAUGUUGUGGUGGAUAUUGAAAAUACUCUUAAUGAUGUUGACGAAGAUAUGGACAAUAGCUCACCUGCGAAUGGAACGGGGUUUAUUGGUUUAUUGGGGGUUGGCGCUGGACAGCUGUUUGUCCCUCUGGGAGACCCGGACCUUGAGCCUUAUGAGGGAAUGGAAUUUGAAUCCGAAGAGGCUGCCAAAGCAUUUUAUAACUCGUACGCCAGGCGUGUUGGCUUUAGUACGCGGGUUAGUUCUUCCCGGCGGUCGAGGAAGGAUGGGGCAAUUAUUCAGCGGUCAUUUGUUUGUGCCAAAGAAGGGUUCCGUAAUUUAAAUGAAAAGCGCACCAAGGAUAGGGAGAUCAAACGUCCUCGCACUAUAACCCGAGUGGGAUGCAAAGCAGCACUGUCUGUGAAGAUACAAGAAGACUCUGGAAAAUGGGUUGUUUCAAGUUUCGUUAAGGAGCACAAUCAUGAGUUGGUACCCCCUGACCAAGUUCAUUGCUUACGUUCCCAUCGGCAAAUUUCAGGUCCUGCUAAGACAUUGAUUGACACCUUGCAGGCAGCUGGAAUGGGUCCUCGCCGUAUCAUGUCAGCCUUGAUUAAAGAAUAUGGAGGUAUAAGCAAAGUUGGGUUCACCGAGGUGGACUGCAGGAAUUACAUGAGAAAUAACCGCCAAAAAAGCUCAGAAGGUGACAUUCAGCUGCUUUUGGAUUAUUUGAGACAAAUGCAUGCAGAUAACCCAUCCUUCUUCUAUGCGGUGCAGGGCGAUGAAGAACAAUUUACUGGUAAUGUUUUCUGGGCUGAUCCAAAGGCAAGGACAAACUACACUUAUUUUGGUGAUACCGUGACAUUUGAUACAACUUACAGGUCGAAUAGAUAUCGCCUGCCUUUUGCACCUUUUACCGGGGUGAAUCAUCAUGGACAACCAGUGUUGUUUGGGUGUGCUUUCCUUACAACUGAAUCAGAAUUAUCAUUUAUCUGGCUAUUUAGGACAUGGCUUACUGCGAUGUCCGGACGUCCUCCAGUAUCAAUUACAACAGACUAUGAUGCAUUGAUAGGUUCAGCUGUCAAGCAGGUAUUUCCGCAGGCCCGUCAUCGUUUCUGCAAAUGGCACAUUUUGAAGAAAUGCCAAGAGAAGUUGUCCCAUAUGUUUCUUCAACAUCCAAAUUUUGAAGCAGACUUCCAUAAAUGUGUGAACUUGACUGAUUCGGUCGAUGAGUUUGAGUCUUUCUGGUUUUCUCUAGUUGAUAAGUAUGAUCUCAAGGAUCAUGAAUGGCUUCAAACAUUAUACUCUGUUCGCCGGCAAUGGGUGCUAGUAUAUAUACGUGAUAGUUUUUUUGCAGAAAUGUCUAUAACCCAACGCAGUGAUAGUAUGAACUCUUAUUUCGAUGGGUAUGUGAAUGCUUCAACUAGUUUAAAUCAAUUCUUUAAAUUAUAUGAAAAAGCAUUGGAGAGUCGAAAUGAGAAAGAAGUAAAAGCUGAUUAUGACACGAUGAAGGGUUCUCCUGUUUUGAGGACCCCUUCUCCAAUGGAGAAACAAGCAUCUGAGUUGUACACAAGAAAAUUAUUCACAAGAUUUCAGGAGGAGCUAGUUGGGACUCUUACUUAUAUGGCUUCAAAAGUGGAGGACGAUGGAGAAAUCACGACUUACCAGGUCGCAAAAUAUGGGGAGAAUCAUAAAGCAAACUAUGUUAAAUUUAAUGUCCUAGGUAUGAGAGCUAAAUGUAGCUGCAAGAUGUUUGAGUUCUCCGGUCUUCUUUGUAGGCAUGUGCUGGCUGUCUUUAGAGUUACAAAUGUUCUUACUCUUCCAUCUCAUUAUGUUUUGAAAAGAUGGACAAUUAACGCGAAAAGCAGUAUUAUUUUGGAAGAGCGUUCCACUAACACAUAUAGCAGCUAUUUGGAGUCUCAUAUUUUCCGAUAUAAUAAUCUACGCCAUGAAGCCUUUAAAUUUGUGGAUGAAGGUGCAGAAUCAGUUGAUACUUACAAUGUGGCAUUAGAUGCUCUACAAGAGGCUUCUAAUAGAGUUGCUUUUGCCAUUAAGAAUGAGGGGAAAAUAGCAACAAAGAGUGGGCGUGACAAGGAAGAUUUGUCAAGUCGAGAAACUCAUAGCACUUGGAAUCACGACGGAGGCAUGGGUCAACAACUAUCUGAGGAUGACAUGGACAGGAAGAUUCGAGAACUUACUGAAGAACUGGACAGCGCAAAUAGGAAGUCUGAAUUUUAUAGGGUGAACCUGUUUUCAGUGCUUCAGAAUAUUGAGCAACACAAACAAGAGCUCUCGCUCAAAGUUGAAAACAUAAAGCUUAGCAUGAGAAACGGUAUGUAAUGAUAUCACAUGAUUAUUUAUUGUUCUCCAGCGAGGGAAGUUGUGGCUUACAGUUUUUUGAUAAAGGAAAUUUCAUGCCUAGUUAUGUACUCCAUCCACAUUCCGAAACUUGAACUAGUUCCCUUUCAAGAUGUCUAGGAGUAGUGUGGUUUGGAAGGCUAGAUUGGUUGUAUCUUUCAACUGAAGUAGUCUUGCGAUAUAUAAAUUUUAAGGGGAAGAACUGAGAGCUUUUCUGGUGACAUGCUCUGAGCUUUGGGUCAUCGAGGAGAGUGAUACUUAACCAACAGCGAUAUCCCGUUAUACCUCUAUCUUUUCCGACCAAGGAUCCCUGUCUCUAUUUUUUUUUUUUUUUUGAUUCAGAAUAGAUGAAAAGGUGCUAGUCAAGAUGCUGAUUACUGACUUUAUGCUUGUACAUGAAAUAGUACUGUCAUUUCUUUUCCUUUUUAUUGUGCAUAUAAUGUCUCAAUGAGCAGGGUAGAUCCACUGGUAUAUUUCUUUUA